GCGUACAUAGAUAAUUUAAGUUUGAUUGUGUAACUAUCAAAUUUAAGCGCAGUCUACUAAUUGGAAGUAGAAUAUACUUAGAUUUGAAAGUAAUGUCAUGAAUGAGUAACUUUAAGUUAAAUGGGAUGUAAUUUAUAAGUUUUGGACAUGACCAUGCCGCUUAAAUUCCCGCUGCAUUCAAGUAGUGUAGGAAGGUUCGAUGUUCCCGAGGUCAUUUUUCAACUUAGUGGAUGCUACAAAGAAGAAUUUUUUAUAUUUUAAUAAUCAAAACAUUUAAAAGACAUGGUUAGCCGUUUCUGGUGAUGUUUCAUGUUGUUAUCAACUAUGCAUUAACACUUUUUAAGCUUUAUAUCAGUGAUUUUAUCCCAGACUUCUUGUUGUAUUCUACUAGUAGACUCUACAAUACCUAAAAUCACUAAAACAAUUGACUUGAUAUCGUUGAUAUCAUGAUUUAUGAAAAUAAAUAACUUGCUAAUCUAUUUUACUCUACACGGGUCGAUAUUUACUGUAGCCUAUCAGUGUUUGUUUGAUUUUUGUCAGUCGGAAAAUCAUUUACCCGAUUAUUCUGACAUCACUUGAAUGCAGCAUAGGUCACCUGCCCGAAGGCAUGUUGCAGCACGUCACUUGAACUUUUCCUUCGUGUAUUUUCAACUGUCCGCUGCUGUUGUGCCCGACAGACAUUUUACUGGUCUCCAGAAGACAUGUUGUGGAAGUGAUUCCUGGAGAGCUUCAAGGUGGACAAGUUCUGCAGAUUCUGUCUAGUGAGCAGCAGAGACGCACAACGGCAAGAGAUGGCUCUUCAAGAGAAAUUCAUCAUGAGGGUUAUUGUCUCAGAGGGAGACAUCAGAAAAUUGACAAUGACAACACGACCGGACACACUUGAAGACUUGAUUGGCUGGCUUAAAGGCACUCUCCAAGCAAAUUACAACUUCGUCCUACAGUACCAAGACCCUGACUUCAACAAUGAACUGUGUAACCUUGAAGAUGUCUCAGAGCUCCCAGAUAAGCCAACGAUUAAAAUCAUCCCUAUGAUUGAAUUGGUACCAGUCAUUCAACCAGUUGAACAAUCUUCAUUGUGUAGUGACACAAGCAGCCUGGCCGACACUGAGAUCCUGUCUAACUCCUCUCUGGAUAGAAGUGUGCCAUGGCCAGAGGUGUUUGAAAUUCCUAAAUUUUCAGUUGAUGUUGAGUACCGACUCCGUCAAGGUAACUUGUUAUAUCUCAGGGAUGGAACCUAUCUGAAAGUGACAAAAGAGUUAAAGCAUGAUAUCCUUGAGAAAUUGGCUGAGGUCAUCUAUGCAUUUGAUGCAUACCCAAAAAAGGAAGAUUUAGCAGCUGUUGCACAAGCUUUAGUAGAAACGCACCCAUGUCUUAAAGAAGCGGGGUCCCCCUCUGGCUGUGUUGGAUGGAAGAACAGUUUGAAAUUCAAGGUUGGAAAUUACAGAGCCAAAAUGUGCAAGCUGGGCCGACUUGACGUCACUGUCAACAGUGGUAAACGUGGAAGAUACUCAACAAAUGGCGACCCUCCAAACAAGGACAUCAAGAAGCCAAGGAAAGGAGAAAUAAAUUUCCUGCCUCAGUAUCCAGAGGGGUUGGAUGACCACAACCUGGAAGCAGCUCGCCAGGUUUUAGUCAAUGAGAUGAUGAAGGCAAAGCCAAAUGGGUCCCUUAUUAAGAAAGAGAUGGAUAAGACCUUUGCUCUGCGGAGAAAAGAAGUUGUGACAGACAAGCCUGCAAUUACCCAGGUUGUACAGCGAUGGCCAGCACUUUUCUCCGAAAGCCAGGUGUGUUACGAGUUCACCAGAGUGGUGGGGAAAAAUCUCAAAGAAAACUUCUUUGAGGCACUUGACCGUUUCUCGCCAAACUUGAUGGACCUGUUCAGGAAGAAGAGGGGCCUCAGUGGACAGCUUUUAACUGACCUUUUACGUCAGACAAAGACCACUGAGCCAACAGACAUCAGGUGCCUUUGUCUUCGGGGACUGCCAGUCGUUUUGGGGGAUGACCCCUCUGCGUUCUUCAAAACCUGCUUGGAUGCAACUGACAAGGACGUGUACAGUGAAACUCCAGUGGGAAUCCUCUGCAUUGACGAACAUCCUCAACUCAACCCAUCCAAAGUGAGCAUCGUCUUGGAAGGGAGUGUGGUAAUGGAGGAGCUGGCCAACCUGCCACAGGCUUUCUGUGUCCUUUUUGGACUGAUUUAUGCCUUGCACUUGGAUUACCCCAAGUGCAUGAAAAGCACAUUCCACUUUAUUCAACAGGUCAUGCUAAACCUGGGCAGAGGUGAGCUGAAACCCAAAAUUCAAUCUUUGAAGAAUCAACUAUCUGUUUAAAACAGGGGUUUGAAUACUUAUACCACUGCUCUGGAUCUGAUUGCUUGGUUGUUUGUAAUGUUGCACUUUAAAAAUACUGUUUACUGUGGGCACUGUUUGAUAUGCAAGUUUUCUUAUGCAUUGCCACUGAUUUUGCUGUUUGAUAUCAUCCUGAUUGGUGUAUGAUUUAUGUUAUCAGCACUGAUCUAGCAGUUUAGUUCCAUUCCUAUUUCUAGCUACAGUAUGUUUUAUGGCAUUGCCACUGAUUUUGUAGUUUAAUUCCAUGCUGAUGGGUGUAUGAUUCGUGUUAUUAACACUGAUCUAGUUUCAUUCCUAUUGCAUUGGCAUUGGUUGUGUAGUUUUAAUGCCAUCCUGUUUCAAAAGAGUGCAUGAAAAGCACCUUCCACUUUAUUCAGCAGGUCAGGUUCAAUAUUUGAAGAAUCAACUAUCUGUAAAACGGGUUUGAAUACUUAUACCACUGCUCUGGUUCUGAGUGCUUGGUUAUUUGUGAUAUUGCACUUUAAAAUACCAUGUUUACUGUGGGCACUGUUUGAUAUGCAUGUUUUUGUAUGCAUUGAUACUGAUGUUGCUCCUGAUUCACAGGAGUCCUAUUUGAUUUUCAUCGCAAACCCAUUUUAUUUGAUAACAUGAUAAAGACAAGUUUAAUAAAACAUGUAGACAAGAA